AGAGGACUGACCUACGCAGGAGUAGUGAAGUCUCAUCUCCCUUGAGCCCGGAGCAGAAAGCUUUUCAGAGCCUCUGCAAGCCAUGAGUCGACAGCCAGAGCCCCAGGCUGCGCGAACCGUGCGCUCCUCAUCCCUCCCGGUGUCACCGACUUCGCCCAUGUCUCAGUAUGCUUCCCGCUCAGACUCGAAGGGAGCUUUGGACAGCAGCAGCCCGGAAGCCUACACAGAAGAUGACAAGACCGAGGAGGACAUGCCUGCCCCCAGUAACUAUCUAUGGCUCACCAUUAUCUCGUGUUUCUGCCCAGCGUACCCGGUCAACAUCGUGGCUUUGGUCUUCUCCAUCAUGUCUCUGAACAGCUACAAUGAUGGAGACUAUGAAGGAGCCAGGAGGCUGGGGCGGAACGCCAAGUGGGUGGCCAUUGCCUCCAUCAUCAUCGGCCUCGUUAUCAUCGGCGUCUCCUGUGCGGUGCACUUCUCCAGGAACCCCUGAGGAACAGCUCUCAGCUGGGAAGCAUGGUGGAUGGUCCUCAUCUGCACACACUCCCAAAGAAGUUUCUGAGGAAUGGAUCCUUGAUUUUAAAACUGUGAGAUCUUUUCCUCCAGGACUCUCCAGAGGCGGGUCCCUGGCAAAAGAACACCCACUAGUCGGGAAUGUAAGGAGCUAUGCUGCAGUGCAGACACACCCACCAAAGCCACUGGCAGAUGAAAACGAAAAUGGCGUCUCCAUGUCUCAGCUCAGCAAAACCUUUGCAUCCAUUCCUCCUCUUCAGGGAUGAACUCCAGAAACCUCGCUGCUUCUCACCGGGACGUCUGGAUUUGGGGGUGGCGAGGGAAGCAGGUGGCUUUCAGGGAGAGCUGUGAAUGCUGGUGUUUACAAAAACAAGUACAACUACCAUAGCAUGCUUAAAGUUCCCUAGAACAGUUGAGGUCAUAGACUUAUUUCUUUUUUCCGUGUGGUGGGGUCUCCCCACCUCCCUCAGCGUCCCCAGAGUCCACCCAGAAUUCCUAGGUUUUUGUCCCAGUUUUAAUUUCCCCACCGCCUUCUCUUGCUUGUAUCUGCAUUGAUCACUUGGAGCCUGAGAAGGAACCAGAUCCUAGGCAUCUGUAUACCCUCUCCACCCCGUGGAUGGAGUAAAAAUGGCCAUUUUACGUAAUGUGGCUUUCUUUUCUAUUUCUUUUAGCAAAGCUCAGGCAAGAGCUUUGAUUUUUCUAGGAAGCUACCCUAAAGAGUCACACCCUUGUGCUUCUUCCCCGCCCCCGGCCCCGCCCCCGGCCCCGCCCCUUGUAUAAAGCCAACAGCUUAGGUUCAGGAUGCUGUUGUCCCACCCACCAGAGGAUGCUGGCUUAGAGUUUUUUGCAGUGUGCAAAGCAUGUGCCACCGGUGGUACUCAAGGCAAUUUCUGAUUAAAAAAAAAAAAAAAGAUGGUAAAUAGCGCUGAAUUUCGAAGAAGGCUUCCUGCUUUAUCCUUUUUCAGUCUUUGCUGCUGCAAGGAGAAUGUCUCUCUUAGGUACCAGUGGGUCCUUCACACCUUCCCACAACGCCAGUCAUUGCCCACCGUAGCAAAGAGACAGUGGCCUUCAGGUCCAGUCUUGGUCUCCAUAGACCUCAAUGACAUUGUUUCGUUCUUAUAGUAUUUGUUUAUAGGCUUCUGCACUUCUGCACAGACAGACAGACAGAAGCUCUGUAUCAUUUAAGCAAGUGAAUUCAGAGAGAGAUUUUAAAGUGAUUAAGGUUAACAGGUGAUAUUUAUGGUCAAAUAAAAUCUCCAAAACUAAUGUCAGAAACACAGCGACACGAACUUGAAUAAAGAAGAGACACCCCGUUUUAUUAAAUGAACAAGUGAUCAAGAGUCAAAACACCUGUCUCAAUGCCUUUUGGGAGGGGGGGAUCUCAGGCAACCCAGGCUGGCCUUGAAUUGCUAUAUAACCAGGGAUGGCCUUAUUCUGCCUCUGCCUUUCCAGUGCUGGGGUCACAGGCUUCUUCUGCCUCUCCCAGACCCUGCAUUUACUUCCAUGAGAUUAGCUAUGAGAGUUGAUUUUAGACAAGUUUCUUCUGAAAAAUGGAGAUAAAAGCUGCUACCUCCUUACCUCAUACUGUUAUGAAAAUUAAUUGCUAUCAUGAAUGUACCCCUGGGGCGGGGAGACUCUGCGCACUAAACAGAUAUGAAGCACGUUGACAGUGGAUUGAAGGUGUUUGGGAAAACACUGGGUCCUGGGGCGGGGGCUUGGUGGGGGGGGGGGAGAUUGGUGGGCACAGGACUCCACCCAGGUAUGUCAUGAGAAAACCCUUGUCCCAGGAGGAGACUGACUUGGGGACAGGAAUUCUCAGCAUACAGGGAUGCCACCACCAUUCCAGCAUAUUGGAUCCUGAUUCUUAUAUCCUAUUUGUGUAUGUUUCAGUCCCUGGUCUUUUCCCCAAAUCAAAUGGAAAGUAAGUGUUGUUGAGAGAGAACAGAAUAAAAAUGGCUUUAAGUAAGCCCA